AUGUACAACUACUAUGGCGUCAUCUUGAGCUUCCCCAUUGUUGCUAGCAUCUCACGAUUCAACAAAAGACACAAGACCGGAUUGAUCUCCGCAGCGUGGGAAUCUGGAAAUUCUGGGAAUCUGCUCUGGAUCCGCUCAACAUCCACCCAUCGGACUGAGGAUUGUCUUUUACUUGUGUGCAAGCCAGGUCCUUCGUUACCCGGAUCUAGCAGAGAUGUUCACGAUAACUGGGUCGCCAUAGCAAGCAAACACACCUUCGCCGCUGCCCCAAUCAUGGCCACACAACCAAAUCCCGAGCAUACAUUAACCAUGCAUCCUUCACCUUUCCACAAGUAUUCCGCGCGCGAGAGCACACAUACCCCGAUCCCUCGCUCUCACCUGCGUCAUGGCUCUGCGACAUCUUCUGCUGUAGAGGGAGAAGAGGGGCUGUCACGUCAAAGAACCAUGGCGAGCGCCGAUACCGAACGACAGCCGUCUCCACCCUAUACUCACGAGAACGAUCCUUUCCGCUUAUCUUUAAGGAUCAAGACACCGUCCGAGAUCCAAUUGAUCUCGGCCAAUACGAGCCGCAAGCGAGAUAUCUUCAACCCACUUAUCUUUACUGGUCAGCAAGCUCCCAACAAGCUCCAGGGCUUCUAUGAGGCUCAAAACGAGAACAUCGAAAGGCUCCUGACACCCGUCGACGAGCACGUCCGUCAGGCACGAGAAGUCAACACUGCCAACCAUCUCCGGUACCAGAUUGCUGUCUAUGGGUCCUUCGCCGCCAAUGUUGUGCUCGCCAUCCUUCAGGUCUACGGCGCCGUGGCUUCCGGCUCGCUGUCUCUCUUCACCACCAUGGCCGACGCCAUCUUCGACCCGGCGUCCAACCUGACCCUCCUGCUCUGCAACCAGGCGGUGUCGAAAGUCGACGCGCGCAAGUUCCCCGCCGGCAAGGCGCGCAUCGAAACCGCCGGCAACAUCGUCUUCUGCUUCCUCAUGACCGCCGUCUCCUUCAUCCUCAUCGCCUUCUCCCUGCGCGAUCUGGUCGGCGGCAAGCCCGCCCAGACCAACAGCUUCCACCUCCCCUCCAUCAUCGCCGUGUCCAUCGCCUUCGUCACCAAACUGACCCUGUUCCUCUACUGCUGGGCGCUCCGCAACCAAUACUCGCAGAUCCGCAUCCUCUGGGAAGACCACCGCAACGACCUCCUGAUCAACGGCCUCGGCAUCCUCACCAGCGUCGGCGGCUCCCAGCUCCGCUGGUGGAUCGACCCCAUGGGCGCCAUCAUUCUCUCGUUGCUCAUCACCAUCCUCUGGCUCCGCACCGCGUACAAGGAGUUCCAGCUCCUCAUCGGCGUCACCGCCGACACCGAGACCCAGCAGCUCAUCACCUACAUCAGCAUGACGCACUCGCCGCACGUCAUCGCCAUCGACACGGUGCGCGCGUGGCACAGCGGGCCCCGACUCGUGGUCGAGGUCGAUGUGGUGAUGGAUCCCGACGAGACGCUGCGCGCGACGCACGACAUCGCCGAGGAGCUGCAGAUGAAGCUCGAGUCGCUGCCGGACGUCGAGAGGGCCUACGUGCAUGUCGAUUACGAGACGACGCAUAAGCCGGAGCAUUUUUUGAAGAAGGAAUUAUAG